CCGCCCGGGUGUCCAGGCUGCUGCUGGGCUCCAGGCUGCUGCGGGCAAGCGGGCGUGGGCCGGCUGCACCUGGCUUGGAGUGCCAGGUCUUUCUACUUGCUUGCUGCACUUACUGAGUCCCUGCAAACUACUGUGCACUUUUACUUUAAGUGAAGAUUAGAAGAGGAGUCAUGUCAGAAGAAACAGUAAAGGAAUCACAAUUUUCUUUGAAGAAAGCAGCCUUACACCUGUUUGAUACUCCUCUGUCUUGGUACUAUUCUCUUUCCCAGAUCAAAUUUUCACCAGUAGCUAAAAAGUUGUUUGUGUUAACGGCAGUGAGUGCUGUAUCUGUAAUUUUCCUGGCCCAUCACUUUAGAAGAAGACGUGGAAAGAAAAAGGGUAAAAUAUUGCCAUGGGAACCAGAGCACCUCAUACUUGAAUACACUAAAAGAGCAGCCUCAGACAAAGGCUCAAGUUGUUCCAGUAGUAGACAGAAUUUGACAUUAUCUUUAAGUUCCGCCAAAGAGAAAGGAUCUCAGUCUUGUAACUAUGUCAAUGGAGGACUUUUUAGUAAAUACUCAGGUUCUGCUCAGAGUCUGGCCUCUGUCCAGAGUGUCAAUUCUUGUCAUAGUUGUGCUUGCGGCAAUUCUAAUUCCUGGGACAGAGCUGAUGAAGAUGACAUUAAACUUGUUAAUAUUCCUGUGACCACUCCUGAGAACUUAUACUUGAUGGGUAUGGAAUUGUUUGAAGAGGCAUUGCGUCGAUGGGAACAAGCUCUAACCUUCCGAAAUAGACAGGCAGAAGAUGAAGCCUGUGGUUCCAUUAAAUUGGGCGCAGGAGAUGCCAUUGCUGAAGAAAGUAUAGAUGAUAUUAUUAGUACUGAAUUUAUCCAUAAGCUUGAAGCUCUGCUGCAAAGAGCCUAUCGUCUCCAAGAGGAGUUUGAAGUUACCCUGGGGGCAUCUGAUCCAAACUCUCUUGCUAAUGAUAUUGAUAAAGAUACAGAUAUGACCAUGAAGGGGAAUGUGGAUGACUUUGGUCUACGAGACACCUUGAGCACUGCAUCAACUGAUUCCUUCGCUUCAGCUGCAGAGCUUACAGAACACAGAGAAGUACGGCACACCUACAGCCUGGAAUCCCUUUGCCACUGCCCUAUUUAUGAAGAAGCCAUGCAUUUAGUUGAAGAAGGAAAAAUUUACUCACGGGUGCUUAGAACUGAAAUGUUGGAGUGCCUCGGAGACAGUGAUUUUCUUGCCAAACUUCAUUGUAUUCGACAGGCUUUUCAGGUUAUUCUUUCAGAAACAGCCAACAGGAUAUUCCUUGCAGAGAGUGGGAGAAAAAUUUUAUCAGCACUAAUUGUAAAAGCACGAAAGAAUCCAAAGAAAUUUGAAGAUGUUUUUGAUGAAAUGAUUUAUUUUUUGGAGCAAACUGAUCACUGGGAUAGUAUUGAAAUGGAACUUGCUGCUAGAGGGGUGAAAAAUCUAAAUUUUUAUGAUGUUGUUCUGGACUUUAUACUAAUGGAUUCCUUUGAAGAUUUAGAAAACCCACCCACGUCCAUACAGAAUGUAGUAAAUAAUCGCUGGCUAAACUCCUCGUUCAAAGAAACAGCUGUGGCUUCAAGUUGCUGGUCAGUUCUGAAACAAAAAAGGCAACAGGUGAAGAUUCCAGAUGGAUUUUUUGCCCACUUUUAUGCCAUUUGUGAACAUAUUAGCCCUGUUCUAGCUUGGGGAUUUCUGGGCCCUAGAAAUUCUCUGUAUGACUUGUGUUGCUUCUUUAAGAACCAAGUUCUUUUCUUCCUUAAAGACAUUUUUGACUUUGAGAAGGUGCGCUAUUCCAGCAUAGAGACGUUAGCUGAAGACCUCAUGCAGUUACUCAUCCGCCGCACUGAACUCUUAAUGGCCUAUCUUGGAGCUGAUUCUCUGAGGCAUACGAGCAGUUGCAUAAGUAGUCAUGGUCAUGUUGUGCCCAGCAGCCUGUUGGAAGCCAAAGUACUGUAAGUACUGUGAGAAUCAUGUACGAUAAGUGUGCUAUGAAAUAUUUUAGGGUAGCUAUUGAUUUUGUACGUAUAUUACAAAAUCAACAGGCUUCGUGUAUAAGAGACUCAGGAAGGGGGGAAAAUAUAGUGAACAAUGAGUGAUGUGCGGUGCUUACACAGAAGUUCUGUCACGGAGUCAUGUAGAGUAUACAAAGUGACUUUCUACAUAGGGAAUAACUGGAGUCGUGAAAUGGGCAUUUUAUAGAGUUCACCAAGUUGUCUAAAAGCUGUCAGAAAUAUCCAAUACCAUUUGCAAGAGCUCUGACAUAAAAACAGCUUGUGCACCUAGAAAAUAUUUACUUCAGCCAAAACCUUGAUGACCCACAUGCACAAGAAUAGAUUGCUACUGGUGUCACCAAACUUAACUUUGCCUGAAAAUUAAUUAUAAAGUGAUUUGCUUAAUCAAGUCUAGGCAGUAGUGGUGUUUUAUAUAUACUGCUUACUUUGUUGCUUGUGAACUUGUUUAUGUAUUUGAAGUAAAAAAUUGUAUGUUGAUAGUGUUAUGAAACAUAUAAGUGAAUUGACACUGAGAAGUUUACAAGUUACAAGUUUACAUGAGACUUACCAGUUUCCAAAAUAUAGUACUGUUGGCCCCUAUAAGUUAUAACAGAGACAUUAACAACAUUUCUUUUAUCUUUUUUUAUAGAAUAGAAUAUUUCCCUUUGAAUAAAUAUUUCUUUUAAAAUAAUAUUAUUGACUAUAGUAGACAAUUAAUUUUUCUCUUAAGUAGUUUUGAGACUCUCCCAACAUCUAAAGUUAUUAAUUUUGGUAUAGUAAAACCAUUUUCCCUUUUUUCUUCUGCAAAGCUAAACUUUUAGUUAUCCUACAGAGAACUCAGAACGUCGAAAGUUUGGUAUAUGAUGAAAACAUUUUUUAAAUAUUCAUAGUUUGAAUUACUGCAAGGUUUCACUUAUCUUUUUGUUGCCACUGGAGAUUUACUGCUCCAGGCUGACUUUCAAAUAGAAAGAGAGACAGAGAGCAAAAGACAUCAUAACACCAAAGCUUCCUCCAGUGUAAUGGGGGCUGGACUCAGCUGGACAUAGGUAUGCAUGGCAAAGCAAGCACACCAUCUAGGUGAGCUAUUUUGCCAGCCUAGCAAGGUUUUAAAGUUUUUUCUUUUUCUCCUGGAUGUGGAACAAAAUAUUUUUAAAGUUAUCAAAGUACAUCUCCUCCCCUUUGUGAUAACUGUAUGAGCUCAUGUGAUUAAGGUCCUACAGAGUAUAGUAGGUAGCUUCAGAGUUGUAUUAAGUUGAUGUCUAAAUUGAAUGUCCUUUUUUUGGAAUGGCUGACUCAGUAUACUGAAGAUUGGGUUUACUGGUUUUGCUCCUAAAGUGGAUUGUAUUCACUUUAGGAGUGAAUUAUGCAGAAGGAUAUAAAAUAUAUUUUUUAAAAAUAUACUUUUAGAGUAAAGUGCCUAGUUUCUGAUUAAUGACUAGAACAUGAAAAAUUGAGGGGAGCAUAAUCUUUUGAGGUUUUUAACUUAUGCAUGUGCCACAUUUAUGAAAUAAUUACAAAGAGUGAGAUUCAGAAUCUCUAUGCUGUUUGUAUGUACUGUGUCCUACAAUGUGUAGGUCAUAGAAUUAAAGAAUACGAAAUUUUGCUCUAACAGUUUCUGAAUAUAUAUUUCCUUGAAUUUUUGCAUAUAUUCUUUAGACAUCUUUUUUAUUAAUGUUGGUUUACAAGAUUGUGUUUUAGGGGUACAAUUUCAUACCUCUUACUGCAUGUAUCCUACAUAUUAUCUUAAUUUGUUUGUUAUUCAUGAUUUUUAUUAUUGAUGAAGGAAUAGUAUUAAAAACAUCAUUGCUUAAAAAAGUUCACUUUAUAAUUUUUCAUCAUUUAAUAUCUUGUUUUAGCAGCAUCUUGUUGAGCUACCAUUGGCCCUGAGUGAUUCACAUACAUAUACACAUAUGACACACACAUUUCCUUUAAUGUGUAGCCAAGAUAGUCAUUGCUUAUAUUAAUUAUUUGUUUGGGACUCAAUGUCUAUGUUGUGAUUUUAUAAAUAAAUUUAUAAGUAAACUUAAUUACUUUUUAUUUGAGGAAAAUAGCGUUUGAGCUAUAUUUUUGAAGAAUUGCACUAUUUGAUAAAGCUGCUACUAUGUAAAAUAAUUCUGGGGAUGUAUUUCAUCAGUUAAUAAGAAUGGUUUUCCAGAAGGUUUUUGGUUUUUUUCUUUUCUCUCUUUCAUACAUCACCUUAAGGAAAGGAAAACAAAACAAA